UAUGUUAAUAAAUAGGAGAAAUCUAAACGGCUAGAUUCUUUUAGACUUUGAUUCAACAAUCUUGACCAACCAUGUGCCUUUCAAGUGUAUUACUACUGGGAAAUACCACAGUGGCUUUGUUGUGACGUAUAAGUAAUACAAUCCUACCCAAACACUUGAUAGUUAUUGUUGUGCUUUGUCCACUGAGUAAAUACAUUUGAAGAGAGUUGGCGGAAAAGUGUGCAUUCAAGAGGUGUAACUGUAAGACCUCUACAGUUAGUGACCUCCGAAAGGGGCCUUCCUGGCAGAUCAAAUCAAUAAGGAGUGGUCAAAUGCCAUGCAGUGAACCAAAUACCACACUGAAUACCAUGCUGUCACUUGGUCCAUGGAAGUACUAGAAGAUAUUGAUCAACACCACUGACGAUAAGUGAUUAGAGAUGAUUAUAUGGGCUUAGUAAAGCAGUCAUUGCAACAUUACCCAAGCUCAGCCCCUUUCAUCAACUGUAGUGAAAGACCAUAUACAGGUGAAAGAUUAUAGGAAGGAUACUUAUUCUGCAACAUGGCUACUACUACUACCAUACUACCUGGGGUGACUACAACCAGCAGUACCUACAUAGGAACAGAAACUAUAAUAGUUAUUGUCGUUGGCAUAGCAGGUGCAGCAAUCCUGAUAGCUGCCUCCAUUAUUGCUGGAAUAUGUAUAUUAAACAGGCGAAAGAAGAGAUAUGAAGAAGCCAGGUUGCAGUAUCUUUCACGUGCAGCAUCCCCCACAUCAGUGGGAAGUCAUACCUCGGGUUCUCCAGCAUAUAACGACAAGUUCUUCUUCGGUGGCAUGGAGAAAGGCAAAACUGUGAAAUUCAAAGGAGCCAAAGAAGAUUCAAAAAGUUCAAAGAAGCAUUCUCAUAAAAAUGGAAAAGAAUCGCCAACCAAAAAUGGCCACCCACCUAAUCAAGAAGAAAUGACAGAACAGAAGCAAAAUGGCAGUGCGGUUUAUGUAACCAACAUUGAAAUAACACCAGAUUAAAUAACCAGUAAAACAUAAUAUCAAGUACAUAAUUAAUAAAAAUUGUUAACCGGUUCUUCCAUAUAUACGGAUAUACAUUAUUUAUACAUUCUUAACCAGCAGAAAAACUUCUGAUGAAAAAUGUAUCACAGAAACUAAAAAAUGACCAUCAUUUGAUGAAGGUACUUAAUAUCA